AUGCCAGCUCAACCGCUUAUUUUGUCGUCGACACGAACGAUUUUGAUUGCCAUUUUGGCCCGUUACGAAGAGUUUCUUCAAAACUACCAGCCCGAUAGGGAUUCUAUCGAGGUGGAAACUCGUAUGGCCAAAUUUGACCAAAUAUGCAAGGAUUUGGAGAGCCUUCAACAGCAGCUGGAGGACAGUGCAACCACUGCUGAAGAGAUGACACACAAUGCCGCCCUUAGGGAGGAUUUUGAACGGCGCUUGAUUCGCGUUCAAUCGGCAUUGAAAGCGAAAUAUAGAGAAAUUCCGCGCAGCGAAGUGUCGCAGCAAGGAGCCGACAAGGUGAUCGCUGAUCUGCCGGCGCAUGAUGUUUCCACUCGUGGCUGGAACAUUCCUUCGGAAUUUGUUUUGGCUAACCCGCAGUUCGAUAAAUCAGCCCCGAUUGAUAUCAUCCUUGGUGCUCGUCAUUACGCUUCCUUCUUUACGAACGUAAAAUCGCACGAGCUUGCUCCGAACCUUCCAACUAUGCUGAACAGCGUGUUUGGGUGGGUCAUGAUUGGUCCCACCUCUCCUCAGAAUCCUGCAUCUACGACCGAUUGCACCGCCGCGUCCACAAUCGUCUGCAUGGCAUCCCUGGAGGAGUCUCUCGAACGCUUUUGGAAGCUGGAAGAGUUAAGCGUCAAUGAUUCGUACUCACCUGAUGAGCGGCGAUGCGAAACAUUGUAUAAAGAAACCACUCAGCGCGACGAGUCGGGUCGCUAUAUUGUACGAUUGCCCAAACAGACCGACUUCACGGAAAAGCUUGGCCUGUCUAAAACUACUGCUUUGAGACGCUUCGAGCUGCUGGAGAGGAGGCUAGAACGCAACCCACAGCUCAAGGAAGACUAUCAUACCUUCAUGAAGGAGUAUUUGGAGCUGGGGCACAUGUCGCUCAUGAACAAAGAUAGUGGGGAUGAACAGGCGUACUACCUACCGCACCAUCCCGACGAGCUGCUUGAUAUUGUGUUGCGAUUCCGCACCUACCAAAUAGCACUUGUGGGAGAUAUAGCUAAAAUGUACCGACAAAUAUUGCUGCAUUCUGAUGAUCGUCGAUUGGUGCGCAUAUUCUUUCGAUUUUCGCCGCAAGCUCCGAUCCAAGUAUAUGAGCUCAACACCGUUACAUACGGACUAGCACCUUCCUCGUUUCUGGCUACACGCACACUUAUCCAACUAGCAGAUGAUGAAGGGACUGAGUAUGCGCUUGCACCUGCGGCCCUGAAACGAAACUUUUACGUGGACGACUUCAUUGGUGGUGCCAAUAACGUUCGCGAAGCUGUUCAGCUGCGUAAGGAGUUAUCAGCGCUACUUGCCAAAGGUGGGUUUGAGUUGCGCAAGUGGACAUCAAACAAUCUGAGCGUGCUCUCCGGCUUAAGCACCGAGUAUAUCGGCACACACUCAUCGCUGCAUUUUAUACCCAACGAGACGGUCAAAGCACUCGGCAUCUCGUGGAAGCCGGAAUCGGAUGAGCUGUGUUUUGAAUCCAACACUGAGGCUGAUGAAGCCACGUCGACCAAGCGAUCUAUUUUGUCGAGCAUUGCCAAAAUGUACGAUCCGCUCGGAUUGAUAGCACCGGUGAUCGUGCGUGCUAAGAUGCUGAUGCAGGAGCUAUGGCUACUGUAA